AUUAUCUUUUCCCCUUUUUAUUUUCUUGGAAGUUUUGUAUUUUGUGGCUAAGACUUUUUCUCAGAGUGAGGAGAAGAAGAAGAAUGAUGAGUAAGAAAAAAGUAGAGCUGGUCUUUCUUCCAAUUCCGUUCAUGGGUCAUAUAGUCUCAAUGACUGAGCUGGCCAAGAACCUCAUAGCUCGAGACCAUCGCAUCUCUAUUACCAUUCUCAUCAUAAAGUUCCCCACCACCCCAGACGUCAACGCUCGCAUCCAAUCUCUCUCUGGUUCCGUCGCCAGAAUCCGCUUCAACGAACUGCCUCACCUUGACCUACCUUCACCCAACACGGCUCAGACUCCAGAAGCCAUGGUAUGCACCUUCAUAGAAGGGCAUAAACCCCUUGUCAAGAACAAACUCACCCAACUCUUCUUCACACCCGAGUCAUCAGAUGCCAAACCAGAUCGACUCGCCGGGUUAUUCAUCGAUAUGGCGUGCACCACCAUGAUCGAUUUGGCCAAUGAACUUGGGAUCCCUUCCUAUAUCUUCUACCCAUCUAACGCUUGCAUCCUGGGACUCUCACUCCACCUCCCCGCACUCGACACCCACAUCCACUCGGACUUCAUGGACUCGGAGACUGAGUUAACUAUCCCGAGUUUCAAUCAUUCAGUCCCUCCACAGUUCUUGCCUAUGUGUUUAUGGAGCAAAAACCACAGCGGGUUUACCUGGGCCACCUAUCACAGCCGUAGGUUCAAGGAUGCAAGGGGUAUUAUCGUAAAUACAUUUUCUGAGCUUGAACCCUACGCGGUUCACUCGUUCUCUUUGGAUGAUUCAAUUCCGCCUGUGUACCCGGUUGGGCCGUUGGUCGAUCUCCAGGGUCUGAUCCACUCGCAAUUCGAUCGGACCCAAUUCCGGAGCACAAAGAGAUGGCUGGAUGACCAGCCCACGUCAUCGGUGGUCUUCUUGUGCUUCGGCAGCAUGGGGAGCUUCAGUGCACCGCAAGUGAAGGAGAUAGCUGUUGGGCUUGAUAGGAGCGGGCACAGGUUCUUAUGGUCAUUGCGACAGCCACCUCAGGAAGGAGAAGUUUCUCCUACAGCAUACACGAAUCUAGAGGAGGUGUUGCCGGAGGGAUUCUUAGAUCGGACGACAAAGAGAGGGCUGGUGUGUGGAUGGGUCCCACAGGUGGAUGUGUUGGGUCACCGUGCGAUAGGUGGGUUCGUGUCUCAUUGCGGAUGGAACUCCAUAUUGGAGAGCUUAUGGUUCGGUGUGCCCAUCGCAGCGUGGCCACUGCAUGCAGAGCAGCAUCUGAAUGCGUUUGAGAUGGCAAAGGAGUUAGGAGGAUUGGUGGUGGAGCUCAGAUUGGAUUACAGAGGAGGAGAUGAUUUGGUGAUGGCGGAGGAGGUGGAGAGAGCGGUUAGCUGUUUGAUGGAUUCUGAUUGUAAGGUAAGGAAGAAGGUCAAGAACAUAGAGGAGAAUAGCAGGCGGGCUCUGAUGGACGGUGGAUCAUCAUUUAUUUCCUUGGGAUGCUUGAUUGAAGAUCUGAUGGAUGAGAGGUGACAAAGAUUUUUUUUUGCUCUAUAAAAUGGAAUAGAAUGAUAUCGAGCUUAAUCGAUCCCUGAUCCUAAUUUUUUCGAUUCUAUUCCACGUGUAUGGUUAUGCAUUACAUUGAUGUGACUGGUGUGAUUAAAUUUUCCAUCCUCCACCAUAAAAUUAUACUUACCAUGGUUUCAAAUAUUCGGUAUUAUAUUUACUGAAUC